UGUCAUUUUGCUGGAUAUCUUAUUUUUCUUAUAAAAUGUAUUUUAUGAUAAGUUCAAACAAAACAUUGCUAUUGCAAUGAUGCCGCUUGGUAACGAGUUUGUGUUUAAGACAGAGUAUAUUAAAAACAUAUUAUAUUUUGCCAUUUUGAGACAAGAUAGAGGAAUCAAAAGUAGGCCAGAUAUACAUUAUUUUAGUAUCGAUAAAGAAUUAGUCUAUGAAAAUUACUUCUCAGACUUCGGGCCCGUUAACCUCGGUUGUGUUUAUAAAUACUGUAAAUUGUUGAGUGAAAAAUUGAAAUUAUUUUUGAACAAGCAAACUAUUGUGCACUACACGUCGUCAGAUCAGAGGAAAGCGGCCAAUGCAGCCUUCCUCAUGGGCUGUUACGGAGUACUGGUCUUGGGCUUAUCUCCAAAAGACGCCUUGAAGCCUCUUACAAUGAAUGGAUCUAUUAUUUACCGACCUUUUCAAGAUGCAACUGACGGGGAUCCUGUUUUUACAAUAACUAUACUCGAUUGCCUAAAAGGCAUCAAGAAAGCUCAGGACUUGGGGUUCUUCAACCUUAAAGAUUUCAAUUACGACGAUUAUAAUCGACUGGACAAGAUAGCAGGCGGUGAUCUAAAUUGGAUAGUUCCAGGAAGAUUUUUAGCUUUUAUUGGACCGGUUGAUGUCGACUACAGCGUAAAUCUAUACCAUCCACCUGAAAUUUAUAUGGAAUAUUUUUUAGAGAAUGAUGUCAAAACGGUUAUCAGAUUGAACAAGAAGCUUUAUGAUGGAGAUGUGUUCACCCAAGCCGGAAUCGCGCACCACGACCUGUUCUUCCCGGACGGGUCGUGCCCGCCGCGGCACAUCCUCUUCAAGUUCCUCCAGCUCGGCGAGGACACGGCCGGAGCUAUAGCCGUGCACUGCAAGGCAGGUCUAGGGCGCACGGGGUCACUGAUCGGCAGUUACCUGAUCAAACACUACCGGAUGACCGCGCGCGAAGCGAUCGGGUGGAUGAGGAUAUGCAGGCCGGGCUCGGUCAUCGGCCAUCAACAGGGAUGGUUAGAGCAAAUAGAACCUUGGCUGACAAGACAGGGCAACGCCUACAGGAAAAAAUACUUUAAUGAUGAGGAUCGUAUUCCGGUGCACAAGUACGGAGUGUAUUCGAUUGCCGAAAAGGCCUUGAGAAGGACAGCUCGCUAUAAGAUUUUAUCGAGAGGCAACAACAGUCCGCCGCCGCCCAUCGAGUGGAACAUCCGGACCGAUAUAUUGUCGCCACCAAGGCCUCGGGCCUCCAAAGUUCGUGAAGCUGUAAACAAGCCGCGGAUGGACAGAGAUAGUAGCAAGGAAUCUUUUAAGAACAGUUUUUCGGGUCCUUUCUACAAAGGAGAGCACAACGAGCGGAGCCGGAGCACCACGCGGCGCCCUUGCGGACCCUGCGGAGAGCGUCCCACGAAUCCGUCUUCCUACGCUAAAACCAGACCCGAUCAGGCCCCGGGGAGAACCAACAGUAGUAGAGGCAGAGGCAGACCUAGUUUCACCAAUUAUACAAGUGUUACCGUAAGUAAUGUGAAAGCAUCUCGCCCUAUUAACCCGUCUCCAUCGCCAACGAAAAUGACUGCUGCUGGUAAAAAGAAUACCACUGAAAAGAGCAAAGAAGCAAUGAAUAACGCGAAAAGAUACGAAAGACUAAAUAAAUUAUGCGAUGUCCUCACUGUGACUCCGCAUAACAGCAAAAGAGUCACUUCCACCGGCAAAGAGGUCACUGCAAUGUACAGCACAGCUGCAUCCCGCGGCUCACUGCAGUCGAACCCGCGGCGCAGGCUCGGCCGCAGCCCGAGCCCCAGCCCCAGCCCCAGCCCGGCGCGGGUGCUGGAGCACUCGCGCGCCACCAACACGCCGAGCCACAGUAACAGCAGCAACAGAGGAAUGCUCUCCAGAGAUAUCUCCAAGACUUCGUUGAAGAAAGCUCUGUCUAAGCUCAAAUGUGUAGCCAAUCAGCGGGAGGGAUCGCUCGCCGGGCACUCGGUGGGCGCGGGCUCGCUGGGCGCGCGCCGCAGGGCUCCGUCGCCCGUAUUCCAGCGCUCGACGCGCGUGCACUCCGACGAGCGAACCAUCGCCACGCAGGGAGACCUGCUCAAUAGCAUAAAAGUCCAGAGAAGGUUACGAAAGAAAGACAGUGAUGAAAAAGUAGACAAGAAGAAAAGGUAG